AUGGAUACUCUCAAAUCCCUCGCAAAGCGCGUCAAUGUCGUCGUGUCGGCAUCGACGACUGAUAAGGAGCUGGCGGAGAUGAAUCGAGACCCGUGGUCGCAAUCAGCGAAAUAUGGCUACGGCUUCAUCUACUUUGCGGUCGUGCUGCUGGUCACCACUUCCCUAAUUCGAUUCUAUCAAAUCUGGGGUGACAAGAUCCGAAUUGCCAAGUUCAAGGAACAGCAGUCAUUGGUGUUCACCGGGUCUCCGAACAGUGUAUCGACCCCGGACGAGUACGAACUCCCCAGUGCUGGCACGGACGCUUCGAGCGCGCAUUUCUUCCCAAUGCCAACCCCAAAAGCUCAGAUUAAGCGCGGAGAAUCCUUGAUCCAAAGAGCGAUUCCGCUGCAAAGAAUCAUCGCACUGAUGCGCUGGGUAUUCUAUCGACCAAUUCCGGUUGUCAGGGUCGGGAGUCUGGCAUUUGUCUUUCCAUCGCUAGCAGUCACGGUCAUCGUGCUGGCAGCCUUGAUCUUCGUGGCUCUGUACUGCUUCCUGCCUCAGCCAUUGUACUACUGGUCGAUUGCUCUCGGAUCCCCGCCCUUGGCGAUUCGAGCAGGCAUGCUCGCCGUCGCCAUGGUCCCAUGGAUUGUGGCACUUAGCACAAAAGCCAACUUCAUCUCCAUGUUCACCGGGUUAGGCCCGGAGCGAUUGAAUGGACUGCACCGAUGGUCCGCCUAUAUUUGCCUAUUCUUGAGCCUCGUGCAUAUGAUACCCUUCUAUAUCACGCCGAUCUGGGAGGACGGAGCGAUGAUCAACUAUAGCAAAUUUAUCACGCUGCCCAUUUACGUAUACGGUACAGGAUUGGCGGCUAUGGUGCCUUUACUCGUCCUGUGCGUUCACUCGCUUCCAUACUUCCGGCAUAAACUGUACGAGCUCUUCGUCUUCAUCCACAUUCCUGUCUCUUGGAUUUUUAUCGCCAUGCUGUUUUGGCAUACCAAGAACUUCCUAUCAUCAUGGGGUUAUCUCUGGGCAACUGUCGUGAUCUUGGUCGUCACGUACAUCAUCCGACUAUUCUAUCUGAACUGGACGAAUCCGUUCCGCCUGGCAUCGUUUAUGAUUGGAGAAGAAUCCGCGAUAACAUUGCUUCCCCAGGGAGCUAUCAAGGUGACCAUUCCUACACAGAUGCGCUGGCGCCCUGGCCAGUAUGUCUACUUACGCAUGCCGAGGAUCGCCUUCUUCGAGAGCCACCCAUUCACCAUUGCAUCAUUGUGCAGUGAUGAUUUCCCGUCUGAGUACGGCGAGGAAUACCGAGAUUGCACUCUUGUCUUCCGACCUUUCCGUGGAUUUACACGGAAAGUAUUACGCAAAGCCGUAGAAAAUGGCCCCUUCCGAACGUACACGGCCUUUUUGGAAGGGCCAUAUGGCGGCAUGCAGCGUGAGAUGGCCGCUUUUGACGACGUGAUUUUCUUCGCUGGCGGCAGUGGAAUUACCGCAAUUGCCAGUCAGCUUCUGGACCUCAUCAAGAAGAUUCGGGAUGGCAAGGCUAUUACCAAAUCGGUCAAGGUCAUUUGGGCACUCAAGAACCCUGAAACCAUGGAGUGGUUCCAAGAAGAGCUUCGAAUCUGCAAAGAUCACGCGCCUGCUGGUAUUCUGCAUUGUCACUUCUUCCUGACCGGCGUUAAAGAUGAGCAAGUCGACCGAGAUAUCGUUCAAGAGAAGAUCUACGGGAUGCUACAAGGCAUCGACAAGCGAAACUCUGCAUACAUCCGCGAAGAAGCCGCUGGUGACGUCGAGAUAGAAAAGGAACUACGUCGCGAGAACGAAGACGGACUUGCCGCGUUACCUGGAGCAUACACUGCCUCUCAUGUCGCUAAUAACCGCCACUAUUAUCAGCCCGGAAUGGACCCGCAUGCUGCAGUCGGGUCUCAAGGGUAUAAUAACAAUGUUCCGUUCGACUUUGGAUUUGGCAAUCCUCACGCCAUGCAGCAAAGACAAAUGGCGCAACAGACGCCGCGCUUUGCUUACUUCCAACCCGGUCUAAGGCGAGACAAUUGGCGGACAGACUACUUCCGCCCCGACAUCUCGACGAUGCUCACUGAAUUCUCGAAGAGCUUUGGACGGCGAGCGUGUGUCUUUGUUUGCGGGCCGCCUAGUAUGCGAGUUGAAGUAGCCAAUACUGUGGCUAAGCUCCAGCAGCAAGUCAUGACGGAUUCAUCCAGAGAUGAGAUCUUCUUGCAUGCGGAGAACUAUAACAUCUAA